CAGAUACCAUGCAGUCUGGAGUACUGGGAUGAGCUCCAGCAGGCGUUUGUUCUCUACCGGGAGUUCAGCCUGUCAGAGAGCAGUGCCUGCCAGCUGCAGCUGCCCAGCCUCGGCCUCAGCCAACAGCAGAAGAAGCUGGUAGCCUCAGACCUCUGGAGGAUUGUGCUCAAUCAUAACGGAGAAGGGGGAGACGAACAGAGCUCCGACAGUGAGUGUGGAUCCCAGGCCGCCUGCGAUCAGCUGGUGUCUCCAAUGGCGCUGGCUGCAUGCGCACGUGUGGACUCUUGCUUUGCAACUUGGUUCGUCCCCGCGUUAGGAGUGUCCCUGCAGCUGGCACAGCUGGAGGUUCGCCUCUGCCACCACCUUGAACAGCUGGGUACAGUUCCAUGUCGGAAGCUUCAUCCUUUCCUGCCGGACAGGAAGUUACCUCAGGAACAGGAGUUCCUUGUAAUGGGCGCUCGGGGGCCCCAGUUAUUCUUGCACCAGUGGGACGACGGACCUCGUCACUGCCAAGAGCUCAGCUUUUCCUCACAGCUAAACUGCAAACUGCUGGAGUACCGAAACCUGACACACCUCCAGCUUCUCCAGCCUUGCAUGCUUCAGGGGAAGGCCUCGGUCACCAGCUGCCCUCAAAGCACUUCUUUUGAUGUGAACGUCUUUGUGGAUCCAGUGUUCAUAAAUAUUGGCCAGUAUGCCAUCCACACUUUGGACACCGCUCUGCUCAGCUGGCAACAGAAUGGGAACGCAGACGCAGAGGAGCCGCUUUACAGCCACUAUGUGAUCUGUAACGACACGCAUGAAACGCUGCGCUUCGGUCAGGUGGACACUGACGAGAACGUGCUGCUGCCCAGCCUGCACAGCCACCAGUACAGCUGGAGGUCCCACAAGUCCUCUCAGCUGCUGCACAUCUGCAUCGAGGGCUGGGGGAACUGGCGCUGGUCGGAGCCUUUCAGUGUGGACAACGUGGGAAUGCUGCUGAGAACCAUUCAGUACAAAGGGCGCACAGCCUCGCUCAUCAUCAAGGUGCUUCAGCUCAGUGGAGUCCAGAAACAGGUGAUCAUCUGUGGACGACAGGUGAUGUGCAGUUACCUGACUGAAGACAUUGAGUUGCGAGUGGUCCAGCAUUACGUGGGGCCUGAUGGUCAGACGGUGGUCAGAGAGCACUGUAACUGCCUGGAUGCAGGAACCAAGCUCCCUUCUUAUGUGCUGGAGGACAGCGAGCUGACAGAGCUGUCUGUGAAGGCACGAGGAGAUGAAGACUGGUCCCAGGACGUUCAGCUGGAGACCAAGGACAAAGGCACCAGCAGUUCUGUUGUUCAGGUGGGCUGCUCUGGAGGCUCUUUGCUGUAUGUCUGGUGUACUCUCAUCACUACUGAGGCCAACUCCCCUAUGCAGCAGAGAGUGGUGAUUUUCAGUCCCCUAUUCAUCAUGAGGAGCCACUUACCAGAUCCAAUCAUCAUCCACAUAGAAAAAAGGAAUCUCGGGCUGAAAGAAAGUCAGUUCAUCCGAGGACAAGGACACCAGGAGCCUCUGUUAAACACUGAAGCUGACCUCAACCACCACCUCACCUUUCAGGCUAGAGAGGAUGAAGAUGCUUCACACUGUGCUGUGCCCAUCUCCACCAGUCUGAUCAAGCAGAUUCUCAGCAAAGCUGAACAGGAGGACAAACCAGAGCUUCUGCUGGCAGACUUUUAUGGUCCAAAGACCCCCACAGACCCACCAUGGCCUUACGUCACCAAAGACCCGGACAGGUCAGUGAUGGAGCCUUUAGCCCAGUGGGACAGCCCCAUGCAGGUGAAGUUGUCCCGCUGGAAGUGUGGUCUGAACACCCUGCUGGUGGAGCUGCUGCCCUGGGCCCUCCUGGUCAACAGCUCUCAGUGGGACCUGUGGCUUUUCGAGGGAGAGACCAUCGUUCUGCAGAUACCAGCCGGCAAGGUCAUCGUGCCGCCCAACUUCAAGGAAGCCUUCCAGAUCGGUGUCUACUGGGCCCCCACCAACACCGUGCACAAGUCUCCAGCACUGAAACUCGUUCACGACCUGACUUCUCCUCGAUGGAAGGAGGGCUCCAGCUCGGUGGUGGUCACCUUGGAUGAGGAGGGAUUUGUGGAUGUGGACAUCACUCUGGGAGCUUCUCCUGGGAAGCAGAAGCUGUGUCAGUUCUCUGUGUCGUCUGUGGUGAGACACGGCAUUCAGAUCCUGCAGAUCGAGGACAGGACGAUCCUGGUCAACAACACUCCUCACACCGUUCACUACAGCCCCCUGCUGACGGCUCGGGGACUGGGUGGGGACGAGCAGGUCUGUGAGGUGGAGGUGAGCGACGUGUUCCCCCUCCCUCCCUCUGCCACCUCUUCUCACGCCAAGCCCUGCUCCGUGCCGUACUGGGACCUCCUCCAAGCCGGUGACCCGGGCAGGAUGGAGUUCCCUCUGCCUCUCAGACACAUGCUCCUCAGCUUCCUUCCAGGACUAGAUGUUACAGCUGGAAGCUCGGCCUGGAGCCUCCCCGCUCCCGUUAGAGCAGACCUCCCCAGGCAGAGCGUGUCUGUCCCUGUAGAUCAGGACGUCCAGGGUGGCCUGUGCAGCAGAGCCAUCGUUCUUACAUACCAGGAGCACCUUGGGGUGACGUACAUCACCCUGAAUGAGGACCCCUGUCCACGCAUGCUGAUCCAGAACAAGUGUCCUGUCCCGCUGCUCUUCAGGGAAGACGUCAAAGAAACUCCAAGGACUGAGGUGUACUCCCGCCGCCUACCUGCCAACUCUUCUCUGCACCACGAGCUCUACUACCACGUCUCUGGUUUCCCCGAGUGCAGGCAGAAAGAGACGCUGCCCACAGUGCAGCUGAAAUCCACCUCGGAGCAGAGCCCCACCGAGUGGACCAACCCCAUAGACAUCAACUGGCCUGGCACCCAGGUGGUUUUCCUGCCAGGUUUUGGGUGUCUGUACAUCGACGUGUCGUACAACGAUGGCACCCUGGUUCUGUCUUUGGCGCCGGAGAGCAGUAUGGACGCCGAGACCUACCAGCACAGCAGAGCGUCUGCGCUGUCCUGCAGAGUCCUCCUCACGGAGGUCAGUGUGGCGGUGACGGAUGACAUCACCAGUGCGAGCGGCUCCGUGGAGCUGCUGAGGCUCACCUUGACCAAGCUGCUGCUGAGCUCGGCUCCUGCAGACAGCGCUCUGCCCUCGGAGCUGGCAGCCGGCUCUAGCGUUAGCACGGCUUCUGUCUCGUCUCUGAUCGAGGUCUGCUGCUCCAGCCUGCAAGUGGACAACCAGCUGUACAACCGGACGAGUUUCCACUUUCCUGUGCUGCUGUGCCAAGACCAGAGAGGUGGAGUUGAACCUGCGGCUCUGUGGAGCGUUGAAAACAACCCCACAGAGUCCCCCGAGGCCCUGGAGGAGUUCAGACGCUCCUGUUUCCUGCAGCUGACGGUGACGAUGGACAGACACUCUGUGGAGGAGGUCACCUUCCAGCUGCAGCCUGCCAGAGUCUACCUGGAGGACACGUUUGUGUACUACGUCAGGACCCUGUUCCACACCUACAUGCCGGACAGAGCUGUGAGCAGAGAGCCCGGAGCCGGCUGUCUGCUCCCCGAUCAGGUGCAUCAGUCGGUGAUGGCUCUGGUCCACCCUGUGCGGCUGCAGAGGCUCACCAUUCAGCCGGUGAACCUGCUGGUCAGCAUCCACGCGUCCCUGAAGCUGUACAUCGCCUCGGACCACACGCCUCUGUCUUUCUCCGUGUUCGAGAGAGGGCCGCUCUGCACCACCGCCAGACAGCUGGUCCACGCUCUGGCCAUGCACUACGCUGCUGGAGCGCUCUUCAGAGCUGGAUGGGUGGUGGGAUCCCUGGAGAUCCUCGGCAGCCCAGCCAGUCUGGUCCGCAGCAUCGGAAACGGCGUGUCCGACUUCUUCCGUCUGCCGUAUGAGGGUCUGACCCGCGGUCCCGGAGCCUUUGUCAGCGGAGUGUCCCGUGGAACCACGUCUUUUGUUAAGCACAUCUCAAAGGGCACUCUGACCUCCAUCACUAACUUGGCGACCAGCCUGGCGAGAAACAUGGACCGCCUGUCUUUGGAUGAGGAGCACUACACCCGGCAGGAGGAGUGGAGGCGACAGCUGCCUGAGAGUCUGGGGGACGGGCUCAGACAGGGAUUGUCCCGGCUUGGCAUCAGCCUGUUAGGAGCCAUUGCCGGAAUCGUGGACCAGCCAAUGCAGAACUUCCAGAGGAACUGGGAGUCCCAGAGUUCAGCUGGAACCAAAGCCAAGGGGGUCAUCUCGGGAGUGGGGAAAGGCAUUGUGGGAGUUUUCACCAAGCCCAUCGGGGGAGCAGCUGAGCUGGUGUCCCAGACUGGAUAUGGGAUCCUCCAUGGAGCAGGCCUGUGGCAGCUUCCUAAGCAGCUCUACCAGCCCUCAGAGGAGAAGUUUGCUCUGUCUUCAAACAGUCACCUGAAAUAUGUCUGGAAGAUGCUGCAGUCUCUGGGGCGGACCGAGCUCCACAUGGCUCUGGAGGUGACCAUCGUGAGCGGGUCGGGUCAGGAGCAUGCCGGCUGCCUGCUGCUCACCUCAGAGGUGCUGUUCGUAGUGAGCAUCAGCGAAGACACGCAGCAGCAGGCCUUUCCCAUCACAGAGGUGGAGUGUCGGCAGGAACCAGAAGACCCGGGCCAGCUCACGCUCACGUUACAGCAGCAGACGUUAACCAGCGACUCUGAGGGGGAUGGCGUCCGUGAGCGUCUGUCAGAGCAGCAGUAUCAGCGGCUGCUGGAUUACGUGACCAGAGCCUCCCAGUUCCUGUCGCCCUCGCCCGCCGCCCUGCAGCUGCAGCCCCCAGUGACGCUGGCAGAGUCGCCGCCGUCCGUCACAAAGUCUUACCGCUACCUGGUGGAGCCGCCUUUCGCCAAGGUGUUUGUGCGACGGUUCAUCACGGUGAAGAACAAAGCCUUACACAUGGGAUUCCACCCAUGAACGUCGGUGGCUUUGACACUCAGACCACUUUUGAACACGAAGCCUUAAGUCCUCAGAGUUUUCUCAUGCUCUCCACAUGUGGAGAAUUGAUAGGAAAGAUAUUUUUAGAAACGACUAACUCAUCAGAAUCCGUUGUGAUCCUGUUCAGACAACACUACUCACUUCUGUUGCAGUUCAGUUUGCUGGGAGGACAGCAGAAGCGUCUCGUUUCUGUCUGCAGCACCAGCUCGUGUUUACAUUCUGAAUCGUCUCAUGCCAAUGUGAAGUGCAAUACUAUAUGCUUGUUGAUGGACGCUAGAGAUACCAGCUGAUGACCCAAAUGUUUUUAGAGUUUGUAAGAUAUUCAUGGAUUGAAGCCAAACCUGUUGCCUUUUCUAUGUCUCGACACAAGUCUAUGCCUUUAUAAAUAAUAUAUGAAGAGAGAAAAUUAUUAAAAACAUGCAGAAAUCC